AAAUCCUGUUGCACGAUCAUCUCAUCUUCCCUUUAACUUGCAAUUAAUAAAAUCCUUAGUUAUCUCCAGUCGAAUCAGCUUAAUUAAGUUUAAUUCUUCGAGUGUAGUGUCCAAUUAAUGUCUCCUUUUCCUACAACCUUAUUUCUUCUUUUUUUAACAGCCCCUCUGUGCAGCGCAACUCUUGGAGUUCAAUAUUAUGAUCAAAGAUGUCCUCAUGCUGAAAAUAUUAUCUAUCAAACCAUUCGCAACGCUUCGUUGUAUGAUCCUAAAGUCCCCGCACGUAUUCUCAGGAUGUUCUUCCAUGACUGUUUCAUUAGAGGAUGUGAUGCAUCAGUUCUAUUGGAUUCAACACCAGAAAACAAAGCAGAGAAAGAUGGUCCGCCCAACAUCUCUCUUGGAGCUUUCUACGUGAUUGAUGAUGCCAAAACUAAGCUCGAAAAGGCUUGCCCAACAACUGUUUCUUGCGCUGACAUAGUUGCCAUUGCAGCUAGAGACGUCGUGGCCAUGUCUGGAGGUCCAUACUGGAAUGUACUAAAAGGAAGAAAAGAUGGAAGGGUGUCAAGAGCCAAUGAGACAAUUAACUUACCAGCUCCAUCUUUCAACACAAGCCAACUCAUUCAGAGCUUUGCCAACAGAGGUUUGGGAGCGAAAGAUUUGGUUGCUCUCUCGGGUGGACACACACUAGGAUUCUCGCACUGCUCUUCUUUUGAAGGAAGGCUACAUAACUUCAGCUCAGUGCACGACACUGACCCGACCUUGAAUGCAGUAUUUGCGCAGAGCUUAAAGCAGAAAUGCCCGAAACCAAACAGUGACCAAAAUGCAGGACAAUUCUUGGACCCAACUUCAUCAGUAUUUGACAACAACUAUUACAAGCAAAUUAUUUCAGGCAAAGGUGUUUUUGCAUCAGACCAGAGUUUGUUAAAUGACUACAGGACUGGAUUGAUUGUUAAAGCAUUUGCCAGUGGCCAAACUCAGUUCUUCAAGGAAUUUGCUGCUUCAAUGAUCAAGCUUGGAAAUGUUGGUGUUCUUGAGAAGGGAGAAGUUAGACUCAACUGCAGAGCUGUGAACUGAGAUAUCUGCACGUUAUAUUUGCAAAGUUCGUCUGAAAAUGAGCGAGUAUUGUGUACCCUUGUUUGCUCGUUUUGCUGGUUAUUAAUUCUCUGAAUUGUGAGGCUCAAUUACUGACAUAAAAUAUCUUAUGCAUUUUGUACUAUGCCUUGUAAGGCAAAGGAAGAAUAACAUCAAACUGUUGCACGUUGUUCAUAAA